AUGAUUGUUGACGAUAGGGCCCAAUACCACCUCUCUCAGCUCGACAAGGAGCUCUCCAAGUACCCUCAACUCAACCAGUUUGAGCAGCAGACCAGCGUCCCCAAGGUCUACGUCGUCCUCGGUCUCGCCGUCCUCUACUUCGCCCUCAUCUUCUUCAACAUCGCUGGUGAAUUCCUCGUCAACGUUGCUGGAUUCAUCAUCCCGGCCUUCUACUCUCUCGACGCUCUGUUCUCCACCACCAAGGCCGACGACACUCAAUGGCUCACUUACUGGGUUGUCUACGCUUUCCUGACCGUUCUUGAGUCCGCCGUCAACGCUGUCUACUGGUUCCCCUUCUACUACACCUUCAAGUUCAUCCUUGUCCUGUGGAUGUCUCUCCCCCAGACCAACGGUGCCCAAGUCGUCUUCCACUCUCUCAUCUCUCCUCUCUUCGCCCGCUUCUUCCAGCAGGAUGCCUCUGCCAGCCUCCGCAACAAGGCCGAGAACCUCGCCAAGAGCCAGUAA